AGCGGAGCGAUUGGUGCGGCAUGAAUCAGGAAAAAAUGGCGAAUCAAAAAAUGGAUGUCGAUGAUGCACCCCCGCCAAACCAUGAGGGUAUCAAGCAAUAUUACAGUAGUAAAAUUGAAACUUUACAGCUUGUUGUAACAGAGAAGACACAAAAUCUAAGACGUCUUGAAGCACAAAGAAAUGAACUAAAUGCAAAAGUGCGCAUGUUGCGAGAGGAACUUCAGUUAUUACAAGAGCAAGGUUCCUAUGUUGGUGAGGUGGUGAAGCCUAUGGACAAAAAGAAAGUUCUUGUUAAGGUGCAUCCAGAAGGAAAGUUUGUUGUUGAUUUGGAUAAAAACAUUGAUAUAAAUGAUGUCACACCAAACUGCAGGGUUGCCUUAAGAAAUGACAGCUAUACACUACAUAAAAUUCUACCUAAUAAGGUUGAUCCAUUAGUCAGUCUGAUGAUGGUUGAGAAAGUGCCAGACUCUACCUAUGAGAUGGUUGGAGGUCUCGACAAACAGAUUAAGGAGAUCAAAGAAGUUAUAGAACUUCCUGUUAAACAUCCAGAACUGUUUGAAGCAUUAGGAAUUGCACAACCUAAGGGUGUAUUACUGUAUGGACCUCCAGGGACAGGCAAAACUUUGUUAGCACGUGCAGUGGCUCAUCACACUGAGUGUACAUUUAUCCGAGUGUCAGGGUCAGAACUUGUACAGAAAUUUAUUGGUGAGGGAUCAAGAAUGGUUCGAGAGUUGUUCGUGAUGGCAAGAGAGCAUGCUCCCUCAAUCAUUUUCAUGGACGAGAUAGACUCUAUAGGAUCGUCAAGAUUAGAGAGUGGAUCUGGAGGUGACAGUGAGGUACAGAGGACUAUGUUGGAACUUCUCAAUCAGUUAGAUGGAUUUGAACCUAAACAAAAUAUUAAGGUGAUAAUGGCAACAAAUAGAAUAGAUAUUUUGGAUUCUGCAUUAUUACGUCCAGGAAGAAUCGAUAGAAAAAUUGAGUUUCCACCACCGAAUGAAGAGGCCCGUCUAGAUAUCUUGAAGAUUCACUCGAGAAAAAUGAACUUGACAAGAGGUAUAAAUCUCCGCAAGAUAGCUGAAAUGAUGCCAGGAGCCUCGGGGGCAGAGGUUAAGGGAGUGUGUACUGAAGCCGGGAUGUAUGCUUUGAGAGAAAGACGUGUACAUGUCACUCAGGAGGACUUUGAACUUGCUGUAGCAAAGAUUAUGUUGAAAGAUUCAGAAAAGAAUUUCUCCAUCAAGAAGCAGUGGAAGUAGUUAUUCUGUGAUCAUCAUUU